GCCAAGGCCAGGCGGGCCGCCGAGGGCCCGGAUCAGAAGGCCGUGCUGCUGCUGGGCAAGGAGGCCAAGAAGGCGAAGGGAGCGAAGGGCACCAAGGAGAAGAAGCCAUCGGCUGGCGCCGCGGAGGCUGCCGCCGACGGCAGCGCUGGCGCCCCGCCACCCCCCGACGUGGCCAUGCCGCGCUCGCAGGUUGCCCCGCCCUGCAGCCCGGACUCCUCCCCCACAUGGUCCCCCAUGGGCGACGCCUCUCGCUCCGAGGCGCCCUUGUUCGACCACAUGGGCGGUGCUCCCGAGGACGGCCUCCUCGACGAGAGCUUCGUCGCUGGCCCGGCCGAUGCCGCCACGGAUGAGCUGCCGCGGGUCGAGGCCGCGCGGCCCCCCGCCGCGCCGCCGCGCGCCUGGGCGUUGCUGCCGUCCGUGGGCACCUGGCUGCGCCCGGCGCCGAGGCCCCUGAGGGCGGUGCCCGCGCCCGCGCCGGCCGCUGCUCCCCCGGCCCUGGUCGCGGCCGCCGAAGGCGCCGAGGAGGGCGCGCGCUGCGCGGCCCCGGCAGCCCCGCGGCCCGCCGUGGAGGACGAGGCCUUCGUCGCCGUCUGGCCGGUGGCGGAGAAGGAGCAGCCCGCCGUGGAGGACGAGGCCUCCGCCUGCGUCUUGGCCUGGCCCGCGGCAGAGGAGGCGCCCAAGGACGAGGCCUGCGCCUCCGCCCUGGCCUGGCCCAUGGCAGAGAAGGCGCCGAAG